AUGGGCAAAGCAAUGAGUGACAUAAUUGGAUUGAAGAAGCCAGAGAAGAAGAAAACCACCGAAAGUUCGAACAGACAGCAGGAUUCAUCGCCUAAAGAGCGCACUUCUAGGGCAACAAAACGGGUUCAAGUUUCCUCGGAAAAGAAUCAGGGAAAGAGUGAUGAUGCUGAAAAUGCACUACAGGUUCUAAAGGAACCUGAGUCAUCCCAUGAAGUGGAAGAUGAUGGACAACCGAUAUCAAAAUCUGAGAUGGACAAUAAUGCCGCAUCAAACGAAGACUCCGCUACUAGAAUAGCUGAGCUGGAGGAAGAGAUACGCUGUCUGCAGGGCCAACUCAAGUCCUAUGACGAGGGAUAUCGAUCCUUACAGCAACAGCUUCGAGACGCCCAGGAAGGAGCAUUCCGUGCUUUGAAGAAAGGAACUUGGAUGCCAAAGGAGGAUUACCGCGUGAGAGACGAAUUCGCCAAGCUAGAGGAGAAUAUAAGGAACUGGGCAAAAGCUUAUGCUCUCUCUGAUAUUUCCACCCUUCAAGCAAAGAUCACAGAGACGGAAAAGAAUUCCGUUCUUUCAAAAUUAGAUGGGUACUAUGAUGGAGACUGGGACAGACUCGUCUCCUGCACAAAGGCUCUGGUACAAAAGCGGCUGCCGAGGAUUCUUGUUCAAGCUUUGCUGGCCAAGGAUAUUUUCGAUAAUAUCUUUGAUAAUCCGUUUUUCUUUUUUAAUGAGGAGACCGAGAACAAGGAGAAAUUUCGUUCACCAUUCGGCACUCAACUUGUUGCACUUUAUAACGAAAUGGAAAAAGUGAAUGAAGCACAAGCGCAUGUUUGGCGCUCUGAUACCCUUCGACUUCUGAACGUCAAGACGCAAGAUGCCAGACAACGAAUAAGCAUAAAACGAGCAGAGGCUUUCUUUCAGGGUCCUGUACAAUCACUCUGUACGGAUUUGACAGACAGUGAGAAAACCAAAUGUAAAGAAGAACUGCAAGAAGUCUACAUCUGGGCUGCCGAUCUGUCCGCGUCCUUGUGGACACAGAGGACGUACAUGAGAAAUGACGGAUUGCGCCAGCUGGAUGAAUUCUCCAUCGAAUCACCGGAAAUGGUGGCUCAUCCUUUAUACCGUCUCGAUGACGAGGAUCACAGUAUGGAUAGUAAAGGGGUUGUACUCGUGGUGUAUCCGUUGGUCACGGCUUAUGGAAAUGAUGAUGGGGAUUUAUAUGAUCAGAAAACCAGUCCGGAUGACCUGUUAUGGAAAGAAGAGGAUCCUUCUACGAAAUACAUUUUGUCUCAUAAGUUUAAUCAAGCGGGCGCAGGUUGGAUUGGUUUCGAAAACUGUCAAGGCCUCCGCACGGUUUUUGUCAAAAUUGUUAAGACUACGGGUCGCCAAAAACUUCAAUUCCAUAAAACCGAUCAAAUCAACCUGGUCAACUUACAAGAAGUGUUUCAUUCAAAGAAUGUCACUUAUCUGAUUUAUGACUUUGAUCGCUGCGACCUACCGCUGUCUAUGAUCCACGCUAGUCCAAAUGUCCAAUUCACCGAAGCUGAUAUCGCCAUAGUCUGUCGCCUAGUCCUCACGGGUCUUCAGUAUAUCCAUGAAAAACUCAAGAUCAGCCAUGGAUCUAUAAAACUUUUAGACUUGGUGCUAAGUCAGUCAGGACAGGUCAAAAUCGGUAUGGUACCCAAUUGA